AUGUCCGACACUUGUAUUGUGUGCUUAGGAGACCUUGGCGAAAGCGCCAGCGAUCCUCUUGCCGUCGCCGCCGAGGCCGCGCCAAGACUUGACCUCGAGCCAGAGACCAAGUCGGCGAACGUUGCCAGCAAGGUCGAUGGUGUAGAUGGCAAUGAGGAUCCCGGUCAAAUCGCCCAGUUGUUACCUUGUGGUCACAUUUUGCACAACAACUGCCUCAAACCAUGGGUAGAACGGGCCAACAGCUGUCCUAUCUGCCGGCAGAGUUUCAAUGUAGUCGAACUAAGUGAUCGCCCCGGCGGCCCUGUGCUUUCGUCAUAUGCCGUGGAGGAUCGAACCCAAGUUGCCGAGGUCGAUCCUUCGAUGGUUAUCGAGUAUAUUGACGAUGACUUCAUCGACUUCCAGCCUUGUCCAGUCUGCGGCGAUGCGGACAACGAGGACUUGCUUCUGCUUUGUGAUGGCUGUGAUGCACCCUCACAUACCUACUGUGUCGGUCUCGACGAGGUGCCAAAUGGGCCCUGGUAUUGUGCACGGUGUGAAAAUCAACGUCGUCUCGGACGCUCCCCGGAGACGACUGACAGGGGUCCCCGACCGCAGGACCGACGGAUUCGUCGUACCAGAGCACAGCAACGAAUGCUACAAAGCAGAAAUCAGCUAAAUUCCCUACAUUGGGCAAGGGUGUGGCAGUCUGUUUGGGAUCACUUGAACAUUGACUUGGAUUUCCCUUUCGAUGAUGACAGGGCGUUGGAGCGCGCUCGUCAGCAGCAACGACGGGAAGAAGCCAAUCAGCGUGAGUUUCGCGCAUGGCAGCGUCGUUUUGAAGUUGCUGAACGACAGGGUGGCAGCAACCGCUUUCGGGAUACUGCGGCCUUGCUCGAUAUCGAGGCCCCUCGGCCGUCACGGCCCCGCGCACCUCGCGAGCCCACCCCUGAGCCAGAGUCGCUUGAGGAAAUGAGAGCCUGGAAUGCAUUCGAGCGUGCCCGAGAAAUCGAGAACGAUCCGAGUGCAGCACGAAAACGUAAAGAGCCUACGAUGUCCCCAUCCCCGGAGCCUACUGAGCCUGCACGCAAGCUCAAACGACCUCGGACUCGGAGGGCCGAAGACUUGGCCGCUCUCGCUAUGCAGAACGGGGAGUCAUCGCGGGCUGCAAGUGCACAGGCCACUGCUCGGAUCAAUGCCGAACCUUCGAGCGAGCCGAGCUUCCUCCAAUCGCUUCUGAAAGAGGUGGAGUCAUCGUCUACUCACAAUGGCGUCAAUUCACACGGUCCAUCAGCCCAUUCUUCCUUAGCCCCAACCGAUCACUUCACGCCCGGUCUAACCUCCCCUUCCAUUUCGCCUGCUCCCUCUAACCACUCCUCUCCCCGGAUGUCUUCUACAACGCCGCCCCCACAUGGCAGAAACAGACCGGUAUCGCCUUUACAACUCGGGUCGCCUGCAGACCCUUCUUCCCCACCGUUCUCCCCGGACGUCUCUCCAAUUGCCUUGGACAAAGAUCGCCAUGAAGAUCAGUCCCCACGUCAUACCCCUCCUCCUCGCUGGAAUCGCCGUAUUCCCCGGGCUGCAGCUCGCUCAGCAGCCCUACGAUCGCUCCAUGCUUCCCCUUCUCGCUCGGGGUCAUCAGGGCCGUCUUCCGCGGUCAAGUCGGCCGUUCAAAGGCUUGUAGUUUCCGAGCUGAAACCCUACUAUCGCUCGAAGCUUGUUUCCAAAGAUGAAUAUACAGACAUCAACAGGAGUAUCUCCCGGAUGCUCUACGAGCGGGUGGGUGAUGUCGAAACCCUCGAGCCUGAUGCCCGAGCCUCUCUGGAAGGGGUGGCCAAAGACGAAGUUGGCAAAGCCAUUGAUACGCUGAGGCAGCGUAAAGACGCCGCCAAUGGCCAUGUCCUCGAAGACAGCUCAUGA